AUGUCCCAAGUUUCAGUUUGUCAGUGUGCCCAAUUGUCCCAAGUGUUGUCCCCAAGUGUUGAUACAGUGUUGUCCCAAGUGUUGAUCCAAAGUGUUGUCCCCAAGUGUCCUGAUGUUGUCCCAGUAUUGUCCCAAGUGUUGUCCCAAGUGUUGUCCCAAGUGUUGUCCCCAAGUAUUGUCCCCAAGUGUGCCCCAAGUGUUGUCCCAAGUGUUAUUCUUCUUGGUCCCAAGUGUUGUCCCAAGUGUUGUCCUGAUAUUGUCCCAAGUGUUGUCCCAAGUGUUCUGAUGUUGUCCCCAAGUGUUGUCCCCAAGUGUUGUCCUGAUGUUGUCCAAGUGUUGUCCCAAAAGUGUUGUCCCAAGUAUUGUCCCCAAGUGUUGAUAAGUUUGUCCAGGUAUUUGUCCCAAAUAUCAGUGUUUGUCUGCGUAUUGUCCCCAACUGUUGUCCCAAGUGUGUCUGGGAGUGUGUCCAAGUGUUGUCCCAAGUAUUGUCCCAAAUGUGUCCCAAGUGUUGUCCCAAGAGUGUUGUCCCAAGUGUGUCUAGUGUGUCCCAAGUGUUGUCCCCAAGUGUUGUCCCAAGUGUGUCCCAAGUGUUGCCCAAGUGUUGUCCCAAGUGUUGUCCCAGUAUUGUCUGAUGUUGUCUACAAGUAUUGUCCCAAGUGUUGA